UGACGCUCCAAUGGUUACUGUGCAUCAGUAUCUGCAAAUCGAAUAUUUUCCACUUUUAUAUUGAGUGGCAAGAAACUGUUUUUACGGUGGUGGACAGUUGUAAAGGAUUUCAUUUCUGAAAAUGUUCGAUCUGUUUGACCGAUCAAAAUGCGAAUUUGGCACCUUCAACGAUUUCCUCAGCAUGUUUGCAUCAUACCAGUAUUCAUCACACUUGUCUUCUCGACAGGCCUAAUUGCAGGAUUGGGUUCAGAAAUCGAGAAAAGGACGCGACGGGAAAUAUCAGAAUCGCCGAGUUCAUCUGAAGGCUUGGUCAUCCUGCCACGAGGAGUUUCAUGUCAGUCGAUUACAAAUUUGGAUGGGACAAAAAUACAACUUCUACCCAAACUCAUCUUCGUAUCACAAUUCCAUCUAGGCCUAUCGGUUCAGCAUCUCCUUUGCCGAUUACCUGAUUGCUACAAAAGACCGUGUACGAAUGGAAAUUGUGAAGAAACAAUUGACGGGCGCAGGUGUGUUUGUUCCCCAGGAUCAAUGGGAGAAAACUGCGAAAUUGAGUCAGCUACUACAACAUCUGCUACCCUUACCAAUAGGCCUACUACGAGUAGUCAUAUAAUACAGGAUGCAACAACAUUGUCUUUAUCAGAAUUCAUCAGCACACAAAUUACAACGACAGCAAUCUCAUCGAAUGUAAAGAUCUUUGUUACAGAUAUCGAUAGGAAAGAGAUAUUCGUAACGGAUCUGACGGAUAGUAAGUUACGCUUCAUGUCUAUCAAUGCAACAAGGGAACCGGAUGGAUAUAUCACAUACUACUCCGCAGGGAGUAGAAUCUGCUGGACAUACACGAAGACUCGCAUCUAUUGUGCUGACGAGAAUGGCGCCAACAUGAUGACGACUUAUAGUUUUUACGAAAAGGGCACAGAACAGAACGAAACAGAAAUACGAGGACUUGCUGUAGCAGAGGAAUCUCACAAUCUCUACAUGGCGAGUACAGACCCUCCAAAAAUAAUAUAUACAUACAUUGGUCCGGCGGAAACUGGGUUUCAUGGGGAUUUUGCGUUGUUGUCUGAUGAACCAGGAUCUUUAGAAGUUGAUGACGAACUAGGGUUCCUGUAUUGGUCAAUGAAAGGAAACAUCCAACGCAAACGUCUCAUGCCAGAAGACGGUUUCAUACAAACCAUAUACAACGACACCAAGAACACAGACCUCCUCGAGAUCACUGGACUAAGUAUUGAUCUCAGCCGAAAUCCACGACGCAUAUUUUUCUGCGACUUCGACCAAAUUUUUUACAAGGACGUGACAUCACCUUUCUACAUAUAUGAAGCAGUGGAAAUAGCUGGUGACAUGAUGAACCUUAGAGAAAUCAGAUUCUUCAAUGGCAUGCUCUAUUGGACAAAAGCAUUAGAGGAUACAGCGAUCGCUGUAUUGACAGAUUAUGAAAACACCAACAGAUCAUUCAACACCCUCCAAAACACUGACGGAGUAAAACCCUUCAAGUUUGUCAUUGUUAAAACUUAGUUCCAUUCAAUAAGGAUUGACAGAAAGCAUAUGCUCUCUCAUUUUACAUACUAAAUGCUAGGUGAAUGAUUGGGUUUGUGUUGGAGUUGUUUGAUUAUAAGUGUUUAAAUACCUUAUGAUCACAAAUAAAUUAUACUGGCAGCUCUAAUACUAUUUUAAUACUGUGUAAAUAUGUGCAAGUAUGCUGUAACUAAAUCUAUGUGCUUCAUAUUUCAUUUUUUGUUUAAAUGGUCCUCUAGCUAGUCGGCCUAUUUGAGCACGGUAUGUUUUGAAGGGGUGUGCAUCAUAAAACUCUGAAAUUGGUGUCCAAGGAACUGACUACAAGGGUACAAAACAAAUCAUGGUGCAGUUGGAAUUAACUUAUUUUUUAUUAUCAAGAGAAAUGGACAAAGGGUAACCCCAAAACACAAUGCAUUCCUGCAACCCACCUAGUGAGCAGAGGCAUAACACGAAUUGGUAAUCACAAUAUAUAAAUAUUUUUUUCUUUAGAAUCGUGAUUCAUAAUCAUGCUCUUGAAAAGAAAGACAAUCAAAGAUACAUGUUAUCAUUUUGAUAUAAAUCAAUGUGCUCCUAAAGACAUUAUUACUUUGUGGUCUUUAGUUAUUGUGAAUAUCGUUGAUUAUAACAUGUGGCACAACCAACAGGUUGGUAGACCAGCAAUUCAUCAUCACAUUUCCUCUGACAACUUUUCUAGAUUUUCAUUGGCUGAGAAGCACAGUUCCUAUGGCAACUGUCGGAUAAAACAGGACUUGUCGGAUAAAACGUCUAGCUGACAAGUCCUUUCAUGAGACACUCCCCUAAUGUUAUACUUGUGCAUGAUUUCUAUCAAAUAAAGAGUGAUUUUAUCAUUAUUCC